AUGGAGCUUUUGAACCAACUCCAUCAGGUCUUACUGACAGUAAAGCUAACAACUGAGAGGGAGGAUAGGGUCAUCUGGAAGUUUGAUCGAACUGGUGUUUUCUCGACUAAAUCCUUUGUCCAUGUGAUGCAAGAAGCGGUCCAACAAGAGGAAAUUACGAGCUACAGCUUUACUAGUGCAGUUUGGAGAGGCUUUGUCCCGCCCAGGGUUGAACUGUUUGCUUGGUUUGUGUUGAUCGAGAGGGUGAACACUAAAGAACGACUAUCCAGACUAGGUGUUAUUGAUCAGCAUGACACUAUGUGUGCUUUAUGCAGUAAGGCUAAUGAGUCCGCUUUUCAUCUGUUUGUUAGUUGCGAGAUCACGUGGAAAGUGUGGAAUGCAUGGCUGUUCGCCUUUGGAAGGUCAUGGACCUUACCAGGUACACUGAAACAACACUUUGAGAGUUGGGUGCAUGCGGCACGGAGGAAGACUGAGAGAAAGCGGUGGUUGGUUGGCUUCUUUGCUAUCAUUUGGGCAGUUUGGCUGGAGAGGAAUGAUCGAGUAUUCAAUAAUCAUGGCACAGGAGUCGUGGAAAUAAUCAAUAAGUCCUUCAUGUUCUCUGACGAGUGGCUUGGUGGUGUUCCUUUUGGCUGUUGA